UGCAUGACGGUCGUAGCGCGCGGUUGGUCGCGCUCCAGCGCGGCAAUAUGUCGCGCCUCCCCGCGUUGUUUGCGCUUCAAGCGCUAAUCGUCUUUGUGAUUGCCGAACAUAACGGCGUGUGUAAAUUGUCAUAUUGCAAAUGUGUUCCUGCCAAACACCCUUUAAGGACCAAUAUCAACUGCACCGUUCCUGGAAACAAGAAACUGGACAUUCUUGAGGGCGACCUGCCGGAAAAUACAGACGAUCUGACUGUGACAGGAGCAGAAGCUCUAAUGAUAGAUGCCAAUGCUCUCUCUCGGCUAAACGAUGCACGCCACCUACACUUCUCACACAACAAGUUGGUGCUCAUGAGAAACGCCGCUGCCGUCAACCUUAACAUCAUCAGUCUAUAUCUAGAAAUCGACCACUGCGAUGUUCUAAAUAUUGAGACGAAGACUUUUAGCAACAUAAAAGGGCCACUUUCAGUGACAAUACGAGACUGCGACUACGUAUCUUUCGAAGGAGAAGCUUUCUCAUGGCUUCUAUCUAUUAAUAUCGAAAAUAUUCGCCACCUGGAACUUGGUUCUAGUACAUUUAUGCUAGAUCCAACUGCAGCUAACGUCGGAGAACACGGACCAGGGAUGUCGAUUCAAAUGAAAAAUAUUACGUUCACUGAGUUCCCGGAACUUACUUUCGGCUCGUCGGCCGCACUGAUCUCACUGGAUUCAGUAGAUGUACGCACCGUCCACGCUGGGGCCUUUCCUGCUAAUACGUAUAAUGUAGUAAUGGCGAUCAAUUGCACCUUUCAUCUAAUCGAAGGAGAAUCAUUUGCUACUAAAUCUCUUAUCAACAAUUUGUACUUUCACGGUUGCAAGAUUAAUGUACUCGCUUCGAAAUCACUUCAAUCAGCAGUGGCCAAUUUAAAUAUUUCAAGAUCCAGAUUUGAAACUGUAGAGACUGGUGCUAUAAAUGCCACUGUAGUUGCGGUUGUCAUAGUAGAUAGUGUUUUUCACACAUUUAAUGAAAAUGGAUUUGAACUAUCUUCAUGGAACAAACUACAAAUAGAAAGAAACUCAUUUGACGAGUUAGCAUCAAAUGCUAUUGUUGCUCCUGGGGGAUCAAUACACGAAUUAAUAUUUGUAGAAAAUGAAAUUGAAGCAAUGAAUCCCGGAAGUCUUGGCUUUAUAGGGCAAGCCUACUCAAAAUACACGCCGAAUAUAGUUUAUAAAAAUAACUACUUUGGCCAGCCCUGUUAUUGCAAUAUAAGCUCCUGGCUUGCAGCAGGUUUGGGUGCUGUUUCCAGUGACCCAUUCGAAAGUGAAAGUUAUUGUACUGUUAAUGAAUUUUUUGCUCGAUGCUUUAACGUACCCGAGCAAAAUAUGAUUUUGAAGAAAUUUGCUGACAACGUAUGUAAUGACAAACCAAAUAUCCAAUGUGAAACCUAUAAAAGUCAUGAAUUAGGAGUUCCUGAAAUAAAGAACCCUAGAUUUCCUCACAAAAAGGAAAAUCAAGGAGGAGUAAGCGAUAGAAAUAAAAAAGUUAUUGGUAUAGUUAUUGUCACAGCUUUAGGUUGUGUUAUUAUAGUUAUGUUUGUAAGUUUUAUUAGAUGGAUGAGACGUCGCGGGUAUUGUGUGGAUUUCAAAAAUUUUAUAAUUUCUUCCAAUUCAUCUUGCGGUGCUCUUUGUGAUCGUCUGUGCGUAUGUGGCUCAAAUAACGGAAUGGACAAUGCCAGAUCUAUUUCACAAUUAUCAGUGAAUGAAUAUUCUGAACGACAUCGCCUAAAUGAACCACGUGUCCAAGAUACUAUUCAAGAAACUAGAAUUCCAAGCACCUUUGCUGAAGAAGUUUUAGAGACCGAAAACAAAAUGACGCAAACGUUACCCGAAGAACUCACUAAAGAACUAUUAGAAAACUUAAAAGAAAAACUCGAAGAUCCUGAAAAUUACGUGGAAGCUCGCGAAAUGAUUGAACAUCUUUAUGAACUUAUAAAAGUUGAAGAAAGUUGUAAUAACAAUACACCGACUCUACUCAAUGUUGAAGAAAAUAUAUACGAUUUACCUUUUCAAAAUACCACCCCAAGAAUUGGUAAAAAUAAAAAACAAAUGAUAAGCAUAGGAACCCGCACACCUUCACUAGAUAAAUUAACGCCUUUGUCACCGUACAACAGGCAAACCGCAUUAGCACAUGAAUAUUUUGAACCCAAAGACUUCGCUGUUCAUUUAUAUGCUGAAAUAGCAAAUAGUGAUAAAGAAAAAAAGGGUUUUUUGGGCGCUAUUCCUGAUGUAUUGGCUGAACAAGCUGUUCCACGAGGUCCGUAUCUUCGGGCAGUACGCGAAAAAAUGAAUUCUAACACCAACAUCAGCCUAGCUAAAUCUCCAAACAGCACUGUUGGAAGUCCUCAACUUAUAUCUACAAUAAAAUCUAACAAGUCAACAGCUUCGAAUACUUCCAAUAAAAUGAUGAACAGGCCUUUACCAGAAAAACCCAUCGGAACAGUGGAUCCUGGAGAAGGGACAUCGUUUAGACAUAUCUCCUAAGUGAACAAGUGUCAAUAUAUUCAAUAGACCGCAGUGAAAAAGAUAAUAAUCGCAAAGAUCUCGUGGUUAAUUGUGUGAAGUAUAUUAGCUCUACAGAAAAACGUAUGAGCGCGCUGUUUGCUUAAUGUUUCUUUGCUGUGAUAUUUAGUUUGUUUACUUUUAAAAUAAUUAUUUCAAACGAGUAUUUGUGUCACGCCAGACACUGUUGUAAGUUUUUUGUAAAUAUUUUAAUUAAAAUGUUUAAUUUUAAGUAAGUCGUCCAAACUAGUUUUAUCUAUAGCUUUUCCUUUACGUCUUCUUCUAAAUAAAUGCUUUUCUACAAAAUUAUAUUUAAAAAGUCUAUUUUAAGCGAAAAUGUCAAAAUAUUAUCUCCAAGACAUUCGGUAAACUUCGAUGUUCAAUAAUUGUACAAAAUAAAACCAUUUAACCAAAA